ACUGCCUUUUUCGCCGCCUUGUCCACUCGUUCUCGUCUCGUCUUCCUCCUCCCGAUUAAAACCCGCCUCUAUUUAAAACCGGACCCCUAAACCGAAUCCAUCCCCCACUCCGUGCAGCGGCGCCGCGGGAGAGAGCUGCUGCUGCUAACCCUAGCCACCGAGCGAGAGCAGGGAUCAGCGGGGCGGCCGGCAUUGGCUAGCUCGCGGUUAAUUUGGUUUGCGGGCCGGCGCGCCAUGGAGUCGGACGAGGAGCAGGAGCAGGAGGUCUGGCCGCCGUCGUGGGAAGGCGGCGGCGCGCGGUUGUGGCUGCCGAUCAAGGGGGAGCUGGGUGGCGCGUGCGGGCUGGUGGUGUCGGACGCGCUCGAGCCCAGCUUCCCCAUCAUCUACGUCAACCGCGGCUUCGAGGCCGCCACCGGGUACAAGGCCGAGGAGGUCUUCGGGAUGAACUGCUAUGGCUUGGAUGGUGCCGUGGUUUCUGAUGAUCGGGAAAGGUGUGAGUGCAUUGAAAAGCUGUUGGAGCGUGAAGCAAGUCACCAAGUACCGCUCAUAUGAAAAAUUGGUAUAGUGCAUGUCUCCAUCUAUGCUGUACAUGACUUAAGGUGAGCUACUCAGGUCAUGAUAAUGGAACUAUCAAUUUCUGAAGACUGAGAUAAAUCCUCACAGUUUGCACGAACUGAAUCUGAUGUACAUUGCUCUUGUCAUGAGCCAUUAUAUAUGAUAUGAGUAUUAUAUUAUUUGAGUUA